ACGUUUGGGUAUAAAAGCGUGCGCGCGCCAGCGCUCGCUCUCUUCCCACGGCUGUCCGUCAAGAUGGCGCCGCAGAAGGACAAGAAGCCUAAGCGAUCAACCUGGAGGUUUAACCUGGACCUUACUCAUCCAGUAGAAGAUGGAAUUUUUGAUUCUGGAAAUUUUGAACAAUUUCUGCGGGAGAAGGUUAAAGUCAAUGGGAAAACUGGAAAUCUGGGGAAUGUUGUUCACAUUGAACGCUUGAAGAACAAAAUCACCAUUGUUUCUGAGAAACAGUUCUCUAAAAGGUACUUGAAAUAUCUUACCAAGAAAUACCUUAAGAAAAACAAUCUUCGUGAUUGGCUUCGUGUGGUUGCAUCUGACAAGGAGACUUACGAACUUCGUUAUUUCCAGAUUAGUCAAGAGGAAGAUGGGUCAGAGUCUGAGGACUAGUUGACCUUCCCUUUUUAAUAAGAUGAAGUAUGUUUAAGAAAGAAAGCCCAGAAACUCAUCAGCAAAUAAAAAUCAUUGUACUCUAUAAA